UUGAGAAAUAAAAAAUUGAUUAUAUAUUUAUUUAACUAAAUUUAAUUUUAUAUUUUCAAAAACUAAAUUUAUUAGAAAGAAUUUGAUACAAAAUAUUAAUAAGAAGAACUCUAAUAUUCAACAAAAGCCAAAAGGUAUCAACAUUUAUCUUGUUCAGGGCACAAAAAAAAUCUCAACCCGGCUCUUUGAACGGGGAGAAACUUCCACUCCUCAUCUCACUUCUCUCUUCUGCAAAGUCAAAGACAAGCAGGUUUGCUUUUCUAUGGAGAUUCUGAUUGUGCGCAUUGGAAUUCACAUUGUAGGUUGUAACUUGUAAGGAGUACUCACUCUUUGUAUCACUUCUAUUGGCUUUGGUCUUCAAUUUUUUUAGAAAUAAUAUACAUCUAGGUAAAUAUUUAUUGUUCGCAAAAUUCUAGGACCGCCACCGGCAUUUACACAAAUUAAUAGUUAAAAUAUGAUAAUUUAUUUGUUGAGUAAUUAAUUUAAAGUUUUUUUCUUUUUAGAUUGUAUUUGUAAAAUAUUUUUCUUUUCAAUUUUAUAUGAAGUAAACUGAUUCCAGGUAAAUUUUGCAGAUUUGAAUUAUCUAUUUUUAUUAGAUUAAUUGAUCUGGUAAUUUGAUAAAAUAACACCAAAAUAUUGAAAUGGAACAAAUUAAGGAUGAAUUUUAUUUUAAAGAAAGACAAACAAUAUAAUAUAUUUUUUUACGUUUAUAUAAAAUUUAUUUAAGUUAUAUAUAGAAAUCUUAAUUUAUUAUUUUAACUGGACCAUGUAUAUAUAAAAAAUAAAAUUUUAUUAUCUUAUUAUUUUAUCAAAUUGCGUCAUAUUUAUGUCCGACAUAAAACCAAAUCAAUUUAUUAGGUUAUUUUAUUUACUAAUUUGUAAAGUUUCUACUGUAUCAUAAAACUUAGUUGAAAAACCUUGUAUCACAAUAUGGUUUGGUGGGUCGUCGACUAACUCUCAUUUAUGUUUUUUUGGUCAAGAAAAGAACUUAGUUGAAAAGCUUUUUUUUUUUUUUUGUCACAAACUUAGUUGAAAAGCUUUGUAGCAUGAAACUUUGUGGAAAAGCCUUGUGCCUUGGUGGGGUCGUCGACCACGUCUUAUUUAUACGUUUAAAAACAGGACUUUUAACGAGAAACUGGAAAGUCUUAAACGCGGCAAAAUCUUAGAUCAUGCUAUGGAUUUGUUCAAGGACUCGUCAAAGCAGAAUUUAUCAUUAGGGAAUCACGGGGGAUCUUCCACUGAUCAUCCCAGUCCACAUGUCUCCAAAGGCAAACAGAUUGUACAAGUUUAUAGAGAACUGUACACACACUUUAUCUCAUUUCCAUUAGCCAUACACCCUGAGCUUAAAGAAAAGGUUGAGACUUUUCGGAAUUCUAUAUUGGGUGACAAUAAGGAUAAGAAACCUUUGAAGUUUCAGAGCACUUUGGAUGAAAUGGGAAUCGAAAACAGGAUGUUUAUUUCGCCAAAUAGUUUACACUUGACUGUGGUUAUGUUAAGGCUAGUAAACAAGGAAGCUGUGGAUGCUGCUCAGGAUAUCCUUAAGAGUAUCUCUGCGUGUGUGAUGUAUGCUUUGGAUAACCGUCCUGUCUUCAUACGACUUAAGGGAUUGAGUUCUAUGAAUGGAUCUUUAGAGAAAACGCGCGUGCUCUAUGCACCUGUCGAAGAAGUUGGGGAUGAAGGCCGGCUGCUAAGGGCUUGUCAUACUAUCAUUGAUGCAUUUGCGAAUGCUGGAUUUGCUGGGAGAGAUGCAAAGCUACACUUGAAGCUACAUGUCACGCUGAUGAAUACAACCUACAGAAGGGAUGAAAGGAAAUCAAAUACAUUUGAUGCACGAGAGAUACACAAAGAGUUUGGGGAAAAAGAUUGGGGUGAAUAUCUAAUCAGAGAAGCUCAGAUCUCAAAGCGGUUUUGGUAUGACGCGGACGGCUACUUCCAUUGCUGUGGUUCACUACCUUUUCCACAUUAAGUGAAACUGAAAAGCAUCAUAUCCACUCCACAGAUUCUUGGUCAGGACUCUGAUCAGGAGUGGUAAUGUGAAAUAUGUAAUACAUGUGUGUGUGUAUGUAACCAACCAAUCAUAGCAAUUGGUAACGGUGGCUUGUGACAUUAUAUGUUGUGAUUUAAACAUCAUAUAUAAUAUGGUUUGCUAUACUUGAAUAAAAAAACUUUAAUAUCUUACUGAUUAA